CUGCAUUCGCUGCCUCCCAUUUAUCAAUACAGCUUCUGCUGUUGUGUGGUAAGGGUGUUUCGAUCUUCGUGCCGGUGUGUAUUUUGUGUCAUAGUGAUUUUCUGACUUUCUACUUCUAUCGUAGGGGGCUUCCGGGUCCGAAAUUUCGUCGCGCGAGCCGCCGCGAGUGAAGUGAGUGCUCUUGUUGUUCUAUAGCGCCUCCGUGUAUGUGAGUGUUCAUAGACAAAGUGUCACUAUGAAGCGCUCUACUGUGCUUCUUUUUCUUCUGCUCUCCGUUUCCAUGGGGAGUUGCGAGGACGACACGAUGGGUCCUAUAUUUAUCAAAGAGCCCCAAAACCGGGUAGACUUCAGCAACACGACGGGAGCGACAGUGGAGUGCUCGGCCCGGGGCAACCCUCCGCCCGAGAUCAUAUGGGUGAGGGCCGACGGCACGGCAGUGGGAGACGUACCCGGUCUCAGACAGGUGUUGGCGAAUGGUAACUUAGUGUUUCCACCAUUCAGAGCAGAAGACUACCGGCAAGAGGUUCAUGCACAAGUGUAUGUCUGUCUCGCACGAAACUCUGUUGGCUCUAUACAUUCUCGCGAUGUCAACGUCCGAGCAGUGGUAAACCAGAAGUAUGAGGCAGAGAUUAUGACAGAGUACGUCAUUCGUGGCAACACAGCAGUUUUGAAGUGCAGCAUUCCCUCGUUUGUGGCAGACUUUGUUCAAGUGGAGUCCUGGCUUUCAGAAGAUGGAAUGGUGUUUCAUGCUCCUACACGAACUGACAGGCAGGAGAUUUAUGAUGGCAAAUAUUUGGUACUACCAUCUGGAGAGUUACACAUCCGAGAUGUCGGACCAGAAGACGGUUACAAGUCGUACCAAUGCCGAACCAAACACCGACUGACAGGAGAGACACGACUUAGUGCGACCAAAGGCAGGCUAGUCAUCACUGAACCUGUCGGAGCAAAAGGCCCAACUUUUACUUCUGACGAUCUUCGUUUCUUCAGAAUAUCCCGAAAAAUCAAGCAAAGUUUCAGUCUCCUGUGUCAAGCCCAGGCGUUCCCUGUCCCCAUGUUUAGGUGGUACAAAUUUAUUGAUGGCACAACACGAAAGCAAGCAGUUCAGAUGGAUGACAGAGUGAAACAAGUGUCAGGGACUCUCAUCAUUAGAGAAGCCAAGGUGGAGGACUCUGGCAAGUACUUAUGUGUUGUAAACAACUCAGUGGGUGGAGAGAGUGUCGAGACUGUACUUACUGUUACUGCACCCUUAUCAGCAACAGUGGAACCAACAACACAGACAGUGGACUUUGGACGGCCGGCCGUACUUACAUGCAACUAUGAGGGCAAUCCAGUAAAGACCAUCUCAUGGCUCAAGGAUGGCAAGACAGUGGCUGGUCACGAGGAGCCUGUGUUGCGGAUAGACUCUGUACGCAAAGAAGACAAGGGCAUGUACCAGUGUGUGAUACGUAACGAGCAGGAGAGCGCACAGGCCAGUGCAGAACUCAAGCUAGGCGGUCGAUUCGAACCUCCACAGAUAAAACAUGCCUUCAACGAAGAGACGAUGCAGCCUGGACCAUCUGUGUUCCUAAAGUGUAUAGCAACUGGAAACCCCUCUCCUGAGAUAACAUGGGAACUGGAUUCCAAGAAACUGUCCAACACUGAGAGGUUGCAGGUAGGACAGUACGUAACAGUGAACGGGGACGUGGUUUCGCACCUAAACAUUUCAUCUGUACACACCAAUGACGGCGGGUUGUACAAAUGUGUGGCCACCAGCAAGGUGGGAUCUGCUGAGCAUGCGGCCAAGCUAAACGUGUACGGACUGCCAUUUGUGCGGCCGAUGGAGAAGAAGGCGAUAGUUGCAGGAGAGACACUGGUUGUUACUUGUCCCGUCGCUGGGUACCCUAUCGAGAGCAUCGUGUGGGAGAGAGAUCAGAGACAGUUGCCGAUCAACAGAAAGCAGAAGGUUUUCCCCAACGGAACUCUGAUCAUAGAGAAUGUUGAGAGACUGAGUGAUCAGGCCACUUACACCUGUGUCGCUCGUAACGCUCAGGGCUACAGUGUCAGAGGCACAUUAGAGGUUCAAGUCAUGGUCCCGCCCCAGUUGACCCCGUUCCCUGUGGUGCCAGUGAUGGUGGGGGAUGCAGCUCAGCUAUCCUGUCUAGCUUCUCGUGGGGAUACUCCCCUGAACUUGUCCUGGUCGUACAUAGCCCCAAGGGGCCAAUCUCCAAAGCCCCCUCCAGGGCUCACUGUAGUCCCAGUCUCUCCUGUCAACAGUCUGCUGCUCAUCUCUAGCAUCUCGGAGAUACAUCGUGGAAUGUACAGAUGUGAUGCCUCAAAUCUUGCAGGCCACGACAGUCACCUCAUGGAGUUGAUCGUCAACGUGCCACCAAGGUGGAUCCUGGAACCCACAGAUAAAGCUUUUGCUCAAGGCAGUGAUGCCAAGGUGGAGUGCAAAGCUGACGGAUUCCCUAAGCCCUCAGUUACAUGGAAAAGGGCUUCAGGGGAUUCUCCUGGUGAUUACAAAGAUCUAAAGCCUAACAAUCCAGAUAUUCGCGUAGAAGACGGAACACUGCUGAUUAAUAAUAUCCAGAAGACGAAUGAAGGAUACUAUUUGUGCGAAGCAGUCAAUGGAAUCGGUUCUGGCCUAUCAGCUGUUAUCAUGAUCAGUGUUCAAGCUCCGCCCCAGUUUGAGAUCAAGUUGCGUAAUCAGACUGCGCGGGUGGGUGAGCCAACAGUACUCCAGUGCGAAGCCAAGGGAGAGAAGCCCAUUGGCAUUUUAUGGAACAUGGACAACAAGCGACUCGAUCCCAAGAGUGACAUCUCCAACAGAUAUACAAUUCGUGAAGAAAUUCUGCCAAAUGGAGUGCUGUCAGAUUUGAGCAUCAAGAGUACUGAACGCACGGAUUCUGCUCUCUUUACAUGUGUGGCAACAAACGCAUUCGGCAGUGAUGACACCAGCAUCAACAUGAUUGUGCAAGAGGUUCCAGAGGCACCUUACGGUUUGAAGGUUCUUGAUAAAUCUGGUCGCUCUGUACAACUGUCAUGGAAUGCUCCUUAUGACGGCAAAUCUCCAAUCAAGAAAUAUUUGAUCCAACAUAAGAUCUCAAAAGGUACGUGGCAGGCAGACCAGGACACUGUGCUGGUACCAGGAUCCAAUACUGUGGCCGGAGUAUUCAAUCUGCGACCUGCCACUACCUACCACCUCAGGAUAGUCGCAGAAAACGAGAUUGGAGAGUCAGACCCCUCAGACACUGUCACCAUCAUCACUGCAGAGGAGGCUCCCAGUGGUCCUCCAACUGGAGUCAAGGUAGAGGCCAUGGACCAGAACACCCUGCGAGUAACAUGGAAGCCACCAGAGAGGGAAGAGUGGAACGGAGAAAUCCAAGGUUACUAUGUCGGCUACAAACUCACCUCCUCAGACAAGCCCUACCUGUUCGAGACUGUAGAAUUCAGCAAGGAGGAAGGCAAGGAACAUCAUCUCCAGAUCGGCAACCUCAAGACCUACACUCAGUACAGCGUGGUGGUGCAAGCCUUUAACAAGUUGGGGGCUGGUCCUAUGUCAGAUGAGGCGAGGCAGUACACUGCUGAAGGUAUACCAGAGCAACCACCACAGGACACUACCUGCACCACCCUGACCUCACAGACUAUCCGAGUGUCAUGGGUAUCCCCACCUCUAACUGCGGCUAAUGGCGUCAUCAAGGGGUACAAGGUUGUCUAUGGACCCAGUGAAACUUGGUAUGACGAAAACACAAAGGACACAAAGAUCACAUCCUCCAGUGAAACAAUACUACAUGGCCUGAAGAAGUACACAAACUACAGCAUGCAGGUUCUGGCUUUCACAUCAGGGGGAGAUGGUGUGAGAAGCACCCCUAUUCACUGCCAGACUGAACAAGAUGUUCCUGAGCCUCCAUCAGCUGUAAAAGCUCUUGUGAUGACUGGUGAGUCCAUCCUCGUCAGCUGGAAACCUCCAACUCAACCCAAUGGUGUUGUUGUCCAGUAUACUGUCUAUGUCAAAGAGGAGAGUGAAGAAGCCAAGGAUGAGGAACCAAAGAGCACUAAAGUACCACCAUUCCAAAUGAGUUACGAAGCUACAGGACUGAAGAAGAAGGCUCGUUAUGAAUUCUGGGUAACUGCAUCAACAAACAUUGGAGAAGGCCAGCCUUCAAAGCCUGUGCAGCUUGCUCCUAGUAACAGAGUUCCUGCCAAGAUUGCCUCAUUCGAUGAUAAGUUCACUGCUACCUACCGAGAAGAUGUCAAGUUGCCUUGUCUUGCAGUUGGAGUUCCUGCACCUGAAGUUAAAUGGAAGGUGAAGGGAACCCUUUUUACAUCAGAAUCAAGUGACAGGAUGCGUCAACUGCCCGAAGGCUCUCUGCUAAUAAAGGCUGUUACUAGAACAGAUGCUGGUGAAUACUCCUGCUCAGUAGAGAACUCUUUUGGCCAGGACUCAGUGACCCAUCAACUUGUUGUGCUUGCACCGCCACAUAUGCCACAAGUGACACUGACAGCAACAACUACCAACUCGAUAACAAUGAAGCUGAAGCCCCAUCCUGGAGACAAUGAACCCAUCCAUGGCUACACUGUGAAGUACAAGCCAGAGUUUGGAGACUGGGAGACAGCUCAGGUGUCGGCCACUGCUCAGAAGUACACACUGGAGAACUUAUGGUGUGGCUCCCGUUACCAGAUAUCCGUCACUGCCUAUAACAGUAUUGGAACAGGCGAUGAAUCAGAUGUACUUAACACCAGAACCAAGGGCUCCAAACCUAUAAUCCCUGAGGCCAGUCGGUUCAUUGAAGUGUCAACCAACUCUAUCACCCUACACCUCAGCGCCUGGUCCGAUGGAGGCUGUCCCAUGCUGUACUUCGUUGUCGAGCACAAGAAAAAGUCACAGGUCGAGUGGAACCAAGUGUCCAACAAUGUGAAGCCCGGAGGCAACUUUGUGGUUCUGGAUCUGGAUCCGGCCAACUGGUACCACCUGAGGGUCACAGCCCAUAACAACGCUGGCUUUGCUGUUGCAGAAUAUGAAUUCGCCACACUCACCAUCACCGGAGGCACUAUUGCUCCACCGAUCCGUGGCGGGAUCCCCACGGUGCACCAGUUCUUCCCCUGGAUUCCCGGCUGGGUAGACUUGAACGUGGUAGUCCCUGUGGGGGCCACUAUAGUAGUGCUGCUCGUCGGCAUCACAGUGAUCUGCGUUGCGUUCGCUCGGCGCUCGCGCGGCCCUGAGCAGACCCGCCUGCGAGGUGACAUAUAUGAUAUUGUCUACAAUCAGUCAAUGGUUGGUGGAAAUACGAUCGAUAAGCGACGCCCUGAUCUGCGUGAUGAAUUAGGCUACAUUGCACCACCUAACCGCAAACUACCCCCUGUACCCGGCUCCAACUACAACACUUGCGACAGGAUCAAGAGAGGUCACAAUGGCUCGUACAGAGGACACACGACCUGGGAUCCUCGCCGUCACAUGUAUGAGGAGUUGCGUGUUCACGGUCCCAGGGGGAGGCUUCCCCCUUGCCCUGGGUCCGAUGAAACCCUCUACCAUCGCGCAGGUAUGGAGGAUGAGAUCUGCCCGUACGCCACAUUCCACCUGCUCGGGUUCCGCGAGGAGAUGGAUCCGUCCAAGGCGGUUCAGUUCCAGACUUUCCCUCACCAGAACGGCCACUCUGGCACUCUCGGGCCUAAUGGCGUGCCGGCAAAUGGUCAUGUGCACCACCGCAGCGGAUCUCAAUCAAUGCCAAGGGCGAAUGGACGAUACUCACGAGUGGGAGGCCCGAACUCGACAUUCUCUCCUGAGUAUGAUGACCCCGCCAACUGUAACCCAGAGGAGGAUCCCUACGGCAGCCAGUACUCUCCUUAUGGGGCUCCUUAUGAUCACUACGGCAGCCGCAACUCUGUCAGCAGGCGCAGCGUAGGUUCGGCCCGCAAUCUGCCCCUGUCUGGGAGCCCUGAACCUCCACCACCACCACCUCGCAACCACGACCCCAACAACUCUGCCAACGAUUCCAAAGAUAGCAAUGAGAUCUCCGAGGCCGAGUGUGACCGAGACCAACUCGUCAACCGCAACUAUGGAGUCAAUGUGAGGGCCAACUCCAAGGACAUGACCACAGAAGAGAUGAGGAAACUGAUUGAGAGGAAACCAAACGAAGCAAGCCACCAACAACUCCAAAACGGAGGGCUCACAACCUACGAUACUGUGGCAGUGUAACCUCUAGUUUGACAAGGUGCCAUAGAACGGCAGGCUUCCCUUCAUUUCUCUACAUUUGGGCUGCAGGAAAAUAUUGCAGGAAAUUGUCAAAGGCAUUUACAAAGGAAGAUUGUUCUAAAUCAGCAAGCCAGUCUGGAUUUGUUUGGUGAUUCAGAAAUGCGAUAUUAACUUUUACAUUUUCGUUCACUUUAUUUUGAAUUUAGGCUUUUAUAGUACUUGAGUUAAGUGUUGUUUUUGUUUUACUAAUUUAGAUUUGGUUGAGUUACUAACAUGUAUUGUACUAAUAGUUUCAAGGUUCAUGUUGUUUAUCAAUUUGACAUUUAAGGCCAUCUAAAAUCUUGAAUAGCCCUAUUACUAUAUCACCACAUUCAUUGGAUCAUUGAAAACAAAAGUGAAUCAUAACAGAAUCAAAUCAUUUUGUCUUCCUUGUUCAAUUCGACUUUGAUUCACAUUUCCUGUAGUGUCCGAACUACUCAUCCACAUCUGUGGCACAUUUCCUCGGCCAGUCUGCCGUCAUGAUACUCAAGCUCAAAACAUUGUAAAGCAUGUAACAUUGUGAUAUUUCUUUUGUUGUGUGUAUAUGUAUUUUAAUUAACUAUUGUAUUUUAAGUCACUUGUAUUAUUAACAAAUACAAUAGUUAAUUAAGUAUUGAUUUUCUUCCGCUUCGUUUUUUGUUCAUUUGUUUUUUUUUGUGUUGGAUGCUCUGGGCACAAAUGUCGGAUAUAUUAAUGUUUAAGACAAGUUGUUUGCGAGAUCCUCAUCUUGAUUUUUAGAAAAAGAAAAGAAAACUACAAAAAGAUGAAGACUUACUGACAUUUCUAGUUUCCUGUAAUGCUUAACAUAAAUGUUACUAAUAAUAAGCAUAACAUAAAUUUGAACCGUAAACAACUUGACUAGGAUGUUUCUCGAUCUGACACUAGAACUAGGUGUUAGGGGUGUAGAUUUUAAACCAUAGGUCUUGGAGUUUAUUUGAUUUUGCAUUUUAUAUGUCAUUAUACUAUUAAGUAAUGUAAAUGGAUUUGUCUUUAACGUAUUUAUGUCUAAUACGCGAUAUUACGUCUUGUCGCGUGAUUUAAUGUCCCAAAUCCAUUGGUGUAAAUUUUAGAUUUUCUUUGGCUUUACUUUCUUACGUUAUUGAUUCUUGAAUAAAAUCUCUUAGGUUUGUAACUUGUAAUAUAUUAAUCAUUAACUAUCGAUUAUAAGCAUUAGAAUUAUGAUAAAUAAUUAUAUAACUAUUGGAAUUUUGAGUCUUCGAAAUCAUCGAAAAUGAUUUGUAGAUAAGUUUCUAUGUUGAUAAUCUGUUUAAAUCAGCAAAAUGUAGCUUCAGAACAUUUUGUUUGAAAUAUGGACUCAAAUGCUUUAUUUAUACACUAUAGUCAGCUAUUUAACAUGAAUAUGAGAUUCAAUUUGUGUUUUGUGUAUAUAUUUACAUCACUUCUGUUUGAAAUGUUACCGACUAUGUUUUCUCCACUCAGAAGCAUUUACACUUCCUUUGAUAGAAAUACUAUAUAUUUUGAGAUGGUAUAGUCCAGUUUUCUAUAGCUUUCGAUGUUGUAGCCCUCCUAGCUCUAAGCUUACCACUAAGUACUAGUCUAUAUCGGAUCAGGUUUUCAGCCGUAGCAAAAUCGUAAAUUUGUCUAUUACAAUGCCAUAAAAUAUACUAAGUAUUUUAAUAUUAUCGUCGGAUUUUUUCGUUUGUGUAUAAAUUUAAAAUCAUUGUACAUUAAAUGUAUUUCGUUGGAUUUUUCAUUUUAAACAGAUCGUAAAAUAGGUUCGUUAGUUUCGUGAUUGUCAAGAUUGAAUGUGGAUAUCUUUUAAUAUGAAAAAUCCAGCCAUAGUAUUAUUGCAGCGUAUGUAUGUGUCUAACCACUAAACUAAUCGUGUGAUGUUUCUAUUCGACUGAUGCAUGACACCAGCGCAAGUUGCCGUGGCCCUCGGCUAUCGGACGAGGUUCCUGGUGCUACAAUGUGUGCAACAAUAUCGCUAGCUGUUCCUCCCAGACUAGUUUCAUUUUUAACUCAACGUUAUUUAUGUGUUUACAUUUUUCCACCUAGGUGUUAUUUUAAUAUUGUCUAAUAAUAAUAAUUAUAAUAAUAAUAGGUAGGAAGAAACAACAGUACUCGUUCGUUAUCUCCGUCAGCUUGAGCGGUUAUAUCACUCCUUAUUGUAUAUUUUGAGCGUUAAAAAAAAAAUAUUUUAAGUUUUUAACUGCUUAAGCGUAUUUUGUAUACUCAACUUAAAAUAUAAUUGUUUAAAAUCAUGAGUCUUUAUAUCUUUAUGUAGUAUUCAAGUGGAUUCCAAAUGGAAGCAGUUUUAAGUAAAUGCUAUUUGUACCAAAGUUGUAGACUUAAUUUUAGAACUUUUGUGUUAAUAAAGAUUGACAAAUCAA